GCUAGAUCGAAUAGGACUCGUAAGAAGCAACGGUGCGGAGCUGCUGAGUGCUUUAACUACCAGGGUUCCAUAGAUUAUUUUUUAAAUUACAGUAAAAAUGGUUGUUGAAAUUGAAACAAUUUCUCCUGGAGAUGGGAGGACAUUUCCAAAGAAGGGACAGACAUGUGUUGUACACUACACAGGUAUGCUGCAGAAUGGGAAGAAAUUUGAUUCCUCCAGAGACAGAAACAAGCCCUUCAAGUUUAAGAUUGGCAGACAAGAAGUGAUUAAAGGCUGGGAGGAAGGAGUCGCACAGAUGAGUUUGGGACAACGUGCCAAGCUAACCUGCUCACCAGAUGUUGCCUAUGGAAGCACAGGACACCCAGGGGUCAUCCCACCUAAUGCUACCCUCAUCUUUGAUGUGGAACUUUUGAAACUGGAGUGAAUGUUACAGGGAAGGAUGAAUAUUUACUUUGCUACCCCACUGAUGUCAUCACCCUUAAUCUUGACAUCUUAAAUGUACUAAUUAUUUCUGCUUUGUUGCCAAUUGUAUUAAACACCAGUGUCAUUUGUUUUUUAUUA